AUGAUGCGACUGAAAACGGAGAAUGAGAAGGGGGAAAGUGGCCUCCGCAAAAAGGAAGCAGCAGCGAUUGAAGGGACAAUAGGUGUUCGAAUGGGAAGAGGAGAGAAGGCGGCGGGGUGGAAAACCAGGGCGUCGGCGCGAGAGAGGGGAGUAGGCAUGGGCGGCGGGAAUGAGAACGACAUCGACGCAGCGACAGGUGGGAGAGGAGAGGUCGAUGGGGCGAGCGAUGGGGAGGGGAAGCGAGGGCGACGGGCGGGGGAAAGCGAGGUCGACGGGCGGAGGAAGAGGGGGCGACGGGCGGCGGGGCGGCGAGGGCGACGGGCGAGGCGAGGGCGAGCGGCGCUGACGUGGAGGCGGCUGUUCGUAGCUGCACUAGCGUGGGAGGGCGGCUACUUUCUGCUCACGAACGUGUUCGACCAGAAGCAGACGAGCGGCGCGUCGUUGACGGAGGCUGACGUGGCUCGCAUGCUGGCGCUGCAGGAGGAAUUCACCGCCAUGCGCUCUCACCGCUACCCCUGCCACACCGGGCUGCUGGGCAGGGUGGCGAUGACAGGGGGAUACCGGCUGCUGUGUGAGCCGGUCAAGUCACGCGCCAUCAGAGGCAUGGGGCGCCUGCACCUGGAUGGCAGCAAGGACGAGGAGCAGCCCGAGGAGUGGGACAGGCAGUUCGCUGCAGGGGUCAAGGUCAUAGCGUUGAUAGGGGUGCCACAGGGCGUGCUUCAGAUAGCCGCCUGCACGCCGGUAUGUCUCCAGUGCCCCACUGUGCGGUAUCUUGCCAAUCAUACGCCUCCCAUUCAGUCACGUCCCCACAUCACACUCCUCCCCUCUGGUUUCGUUCCUGGUAAGGCCAUGGGGGAGAGAGGGAAGGAUGUGUGCGGUGGUGGUGGUGAUGACGAGGCUGCUGAGGAGGGCACAGGGGAGUGGCGGCCGGGGGAGAAUGUGGGGGAUAGUAAUGAUGGAGGGGGGUGUGUGUGGGGUAUGGAGGGAGGGAGGGGGGCGUGUGAGGGAGGGGCAGGGCAGGACGUGUAUGAGUUGUCGUCGGGGCCAGGAGGGACGGAUAUGUCGGUGUGUGGAGGGGAAGGUGACGCCGGGGAAGGAGGUGCUGCCAGUGGUGACACUGGUGGUGGUGGUUCUACCAACGGUGGUGCUAUUGGUUAUGGACAACUGCUGCCGCCUGGACUCACCCUCAUCGCCACGUCCCCACCUCAUGCCGCUUCCCCAGGCUCCCCGUCCGUGGCAGCACCCAACGCACACACCCCUCCAUUCAGUGCCAGUAACCACAUCAGUAACACCAACCACUUAAGCAACGGUCAGCAGCAGCAUCAGCACCAGCAGCACACGGGCGUGCACGCGACGGUGUCAGCAGACAAGCCCCCCUCCCACCGCCGGUCAAGGUCGCUCGCCCAGCAGCGCCGCCACACCUUCUCCAGCGCCGACCGCGCCGCCCUCGCCCGCCAGCUCUCCCCCUCCCGCGCCCUUCUAGGGGGCGGAUUCCGCCUGGGGGGGGCGCUGGGAGGAGGCGGAGUAGGGGAUGGGGGAGUGGGCGGGGGAGGCGGGGUAGGAGUGGGAGGCGGAACGGGGGCAGGAGGUGGAGUGGGAGGGGGUAUGGGUGCAUCUGGUCACAGCCAUCCGUCUGCUGCUCUGAGCAGAAUGGUAUCAAGUCCUCUAUUCAAACGGAGCCUCAGUUGCACGAGUCCCAUCCAGGGCAUGACCCGAGCAGCAGCCGCCCAUGCUGCUGCCCACAUGCGCCGCCACUCCUUCUCCACCUCGCCCUCCUCCUCCCCCUCCUCUUCCGCCAACACCACCUCUGCUGCCAGGGCGCUGCAUAGAGUGGCGUCUCCCACUACUAGCUCUGGCGGGGGGGCCAUGGGGGGAAACAUGGGGGGAGGGAGGCAUGGGGGUUUCUCAAGCCGGCAUGUGUCGAGUCUCUCGAAUCCAGAGUUUCUGUCUGAGUUUCUGAAUUUGUGCCCGUUUGGUGGGUCGCCGAGGGGGGUGGGCGCGGGGCGAGGGAGGGAGAUGGCAGGAGGGGGAAUAGGAGGGGGUAUGGGAGGGGGAAUGGGAGGGGGUAUGGGAGGGGGGAUAGGGGGGACAAGGUUGGGAGCAGGGAUGGAAGGAGGGGGGGCAUCUGCAGGGGCAGGGGGGACGCUAACAGGCGAUGCAGCAAUGCAAGCGAACCAGGGAGGGGUUGAAGGAGAGAGGGGAGGAGAGGGACGAGGAGAUGGGUGGGGAGAUGGAGGGGGCGGAGAAGGGGGUGUGGGAUUGGGAGGGGAGGUGGGAGGGGUGGAUGAGAUGGAAUGGCUACUGCAGGAGAUGAUAAUGAUGCAUGGGAGUGCUAGUGGUGCUGCCGCCAUCCUUGACGGCAAUCCUGUCACGGAUGCUGGUACCGCUGAUGGCACUGGUAUCGCAGCUAAUGCAUAUGCUGCUGCUCUUGACGCGUGUGGCUUGGCUGAUGGGGACGCUUGCUUGGAUGUAGACAUGGGGAUGGGGAUGAGUGAGGGCAUGGAGAUGGGCAUGGGUAUGGGAGGAAGAGGGGAUGGGGAGGAGCAGGGUGGUGCAUUGAUGGGUGGAGAGAGGUGGGGAGGUAUGGAUAUCAUGGAUGGUGCAGGUGGAAUUGAUGGGAUUGGUGGGAUGGGGGGCAUGGGUGCGGCGGAAGAAAUGGGUGUUGGUGCAGACGGGAUGGGGGAACGAGGAAGGGGUGGUGCUGGUGCUGCUGAUACUGUAGAUGGUGCUGCUGGUGCUGGUGCUGGUGCCAGUGGUGGUGCUGGUGGUGCUGGUGCGGUCACAGUUCCCCUCCCCCGCCCCGCCUCCCGUUUCUUCCCCAAAUCCGCCUCUCUGCCUGGAAACCUCCCCCGUCCCCCCCCACCUGCUGCUGCUGCUGGUAGCGGCGGUGGUGGUGGUGGUGGGGCUGGGGGGGAACGGAUUGCUGCUAGUCCACUAGGUGUACAGGGCGGACUAGACGUGCUUAUAGAGGGCGGUGCAGCCAGCGAUUUUCAAAUGACUGCUCCUGACGGCGUGGGAGGGUUGAUGGGGACAGGGAUUGGGAUGGGAGGAGAGGAGGAGUUGGGAGAGGAGUGGGCCAUGUUCCUAGAUGGGAUGGAUGCACCACCAAUACUGGAUGAUUUGGAUGAGGUGAUGGGCUCCACUAUUGCAUGA